AUGGCAGAUCUCGAUGAAGAGGCUAUUAACCAACCGUCUACUCCAUCGCAUGACUCUUUAGCAAAUGUUGACCAAGACAUUUCCGAUGAAACACAGGAUUUCCGCUUCCUGGGCAGCUUUGCUACACUGACAGAUCAUAUACCCCAAACGCUUCCCCGACGAGGAGAUAAAGAUUUCGAGCCCAACCCAACCCUUCACCAAGCCAGCGUAUUGACCUCCGCUCGAAAUGCUAUGCACAAUGCCCUCUCUUAUCCGCGCCUACAUAACACGAAAAAUAGAAUAAUAGGCAUAUACUACCCUAACGGUCACCAAGGCGAUGCCUGUGUUUGCGUACCGAAUCCAAGAGGGCAGUAUUUCCGGACAAUGGCGCAAGCUGACAAUAUAAAUCGGAUGUGGUUAUUACCAGAGGAGGCUCUCUACCUCCUAGAGAGAGGUAGCCUGGACAUCAGAUGGCCAGCGGAGGACAGUUGGGAAGAAAAAGCCCCUGAAAACUGUCCAUUCGACCUAGAGGGGACCGUUCCAAUGAGUUUACAGGCUGCAUAUGCGUGUUUCCUUGGGUGUCGUGGAUUGACUAUGGAAAGAUACUCGGUAUACUCGGGGCUGAGGCGCGGGGGCUAUGUUGUCAUCCGAGCUGAUACCUGGAACGAAGCUCAAUCUAUAAGCCCGCAGGCACGGACAGAACAUAAGAAACCAGUACAACCCCAUAGUCAAGGGAUUAUGAAUUCCCUCUCGGAACUGUUUCGCUCUAUUUUUUCUAUGAGAACGAAAGGGGAUACAGUUCAUGGACCUGUUAUAGGAGUGGGAAUACAUCGAAGCUAUAAUGAUAUAUAUAGAUCUUUAUCUAUUAUCCCUGCAUAUGACCCAUCUCGCCCUGACGGUGAAAUAAACCAAGCUCCCACAUCUCCUCCUUAUCGAGUAGCAUUUAACGUCUAUAAACCCUCAACACCAUAUAAGAAGUCCAGUCCGGGUGAACCAGACUUUAGGCUAGCAGUGGUUGAUGCCAGGGCUAACCCAAUCAUUCCUACUCUUGAAAAUCUCAGCGCUCUCCUGGCUAGUACUCCUUUGGAUCCACCUCUGGGAGAAAAAAUGGACAGAUUACUCUAUAUGCGCCUUCGACAUGGAUACAGAAAUGUGAUCUUAGCAGUGGUCGACCAGGGAGUUGUUAGUUAUUUACGGAUUAGCGACUCUGGAUUUAUGAAGGAGCCGCUAUAUGCACAGAAGAAGGGGCUGGGGCCUGGAAAUAAAGGAAGCCGGCGUCCGCCCCAUAAAAAACGAUAG